UUUCAUUUUUACAAACAGUUGAUGUACACAAAAUUCCAGUCAAGCUUCAACCAGUGAGCGAGCGCGUGUUGACUGAACUCUUUAGGUAUCAAUGGCGGAUCGAGAGAGAAAACUGAUGAGCGAAGGUGUUUUAACUUAUGCAUACAUACUUCUCUAUAUUUCCUUAUCGAGUGGUCAGAUCUUCUUCAACAAGUGGGUUUUAUCAUCAAAAGAAAUAAACUUCCCGUAUCCUCUUGCGCUGACGCUACUUCACAUGGUCUUCUCCUCAGUACUGUGUUUUGUGCUUACCAAAGUUCUCAAGAUAAUGAAGGUUGAAGAAGGAAUGACUCUAGACAUAUACAUUAGCUCGGUCAUCCCAAUUGGUGCUAUGUUUGCUAUGACUCUUUGGCUUGGGAACACAGCUUACCUUUAUAUUUCUGUUUCAUUUGCUCAGAUGUUGAAAGCAAUCAUGCCCGUAGCUGUCUUCAUCCUUGGAGUUGCAGCUGGACUCGAAAUGAUGAGCUGCAGAAUGCUUCUCAUAAUGUCUGUAAUCAGUUUUGGUGUACUAGUAGCUUCUUAUGGAGAAAUAAACAUCAACUGGGUUGGUGUCAUCUACCAAAUGGGAGGUGUUGUUGGAGAAGCAUUGAGGCUUAUAUUUAUGGAGAUUCUGGUAAAACGGAAGGGCAUCAAGCUAAACCCCAUUUCUGUCAUGUACUAUGUUAGCCCAUGCAGCGCUCUUUGCCUUUUAGUUCCAUGGAUCUUUUUGGAGAAACCAAAGAUGGACGAACAACUAACAUGGAGCUUUCACCCUCUUGUUCUAACUCUAAAUUGUAUAUGUACCUUUGCCUUGAAUCUCUCUGUUUUCUUGGUGAUCUCACAUACAAGUGCCCUAACAAUCCGUGUUGCUGGAGUUGUCAAAGACUGGGUGGUUGUACUGCUGUCUGCACUACUUUUUGCUGAUACGAAGCUGACACUUAUCAAUCUUUGUGGUUAUGCUAUUGCUAUUGCAGGUGUAGCUGCAUAUAACAGCCACAAGCUAAAGAAGGAAGCUACCCGAGUAAGCUCAGACGAGUCUCAAGCUACUUCAUCUCUACCUUUAGUAUCAUCUUCAACGUCAAAUGCGUAGAUCUAUCUGAAGAGUAGUCUUGCAGUCUAUUCUGAGGUCUUGCAAGUAACGGAGCAGAAAAUUCUGCAAAUUCCAGUAUGUCUUUUUUUUCGGGGCAAGUAGGGGUUGGCUCACUCUUAAAAUUGAUGCAUUGUUGAAUACUGCAACACAUUUGCUGGUUUAGUAGAAGAUAAAGUUAAACAUGGUGAUAUUCAAGUCAUGAACUUGUCUAUGCGACAUUCUCUGGUUAUUACUGCUGCUUUUGAAUUCGAGACAUCGGAGCACAAGAAAAAGAAACAGCUAUAAUGAUGUAUAAUAUAGACGAUACCAUAUACUUUUAAACGCGUAAAGGUUGGGAAACUGACAUUCUUUUAGUUCGAUAUAGACAUCGAUGAAUGCUGACUGUUGAUAUGUUGAAACAGAUUCCAGAUUUAUUAGAGUGUAUAGCUGUUGGUGGAAUUGAGUUCUUCUUGAGACAAUUUUCUGUUGUAAGGUUGAUCAUUUUUUUUUUUUUGCUUGAAAUACAAUAUUUGAACAGAUUUAGUAAGAA